AUGUCCACCAAGGCUGAGUCCUCUCGCCCUCGGGCCCCUGACACCAAGAAGGUGCACAUCGCCGAUACUCCGUUGACUCGCAACAACUGGUACAAGCAUGUCAACUGGCUGAAUGUCUACCUCAUUCUCGGUAUUCCCGCCAUGGGCUGCGUCCAAGCUUUCUGGACUCCUCUGUACCUGAAGACUGCCGUCUGGGCCGUCGUGUACUACUUCUUCACCGGUCUGGGUAUCACAGCAGGAUAUCACCGUCUCUGGGCUCACUGCUCCUACUCCGCCAGUCUCCCCCUUCGCAUCUGGCUCGCCCUGGUCGGCGGCGGUGCCGUUGAGGGCUCCAUUCGCUGGUGGGCUCGCGGCCACCGUGCUCACCACCGUUACACCGACACCGAGAAGGACCCCUACUCCGUCCGCAAGGGUUUCUGGUACUCUCACCUUGGCUGGAUGGUCAUGAAGCAGAACCCUAAGCGCAUCGGCCGUACCGAUAUCUCCGAUCUGAAUGAGGACCCCGUCGUUAUCUGGCAGCACCGUCACUACCUCAAGGUCGUCUUGGGCAUGGGACUCAUCUUCCCUAUGCUCGUGGCUGGUCUCGGAUGGGGUGACUGGCUUGGUGGUUUCGUCUACGCCGGUAUCCUUCGCAUCUUCUUCGUCCAACAGGCUACCUUCUGCGUCAACUCUCUCGCUCACUGGCUCGGUGACCAGCCCUUCGACGACCGCAACUCUCCCCGUGACCACGUUAUCACUGCCCUGGUUACCCUGGGUGAGGGAUACCACAACUUCCACCACGAGUUCCCCUCCGACUACCGCAAUGCCAUUGAGUGGCACCAGUAUGACCCCACCAAGUGGACCAUCUGGUCCUGGAAGCAGUUGGGUCUCGCCUAUGAUCUCAAGCAGUUCCGUGCCAACGAGAUCGAGAAGGGCCGUAUCCAGCAGCUUCAGAAGAAGAUCGACCAGAAGCGCUCCAAGCUGGACUGGGGUACUCCUCUCGAGCAGCUCCCCGUCAUGGAGUGGGACGACUAUGUCGAGCAAUCCAAGAACGGCCGUGGCCUGGUUGCCAUCGCUGGUGUUGUCCACGACGUGACCGAUUUCAUCAAGGAUCACCCCGGUGGCAAGGCCAUGAUCAGCUCCGGUAUUGGCAAGGAUGCCACCGCCAUGUUCAACGGUGGUAUCUACUACCACUCCAACGCUGCUCACAACCUGCUCUCCACCAUGCGGGUGGGUGUGAUUCGCGGUGGCUGUGAAGUUGAGAUCUGGAAGCGUUCUCACAAGGAGAACACCGAGUACGUUCGUGACGAGAGUGGCCAGCGUAUCAUCCGGGCUGGUGCCCAGGUUACCAAGAUCCCCGAGCCCGUCCCCACUGCGGAUGCCGCUUGA